CCUACUAGAAUUGUCAAGCUGGGGUGUUUUUUGAUUAGGAGCCAGGCUGCGAAACAAAGGAAAGAAAAUCAUUAUUAGCCUACGCUCCCUUCACCCCAGAUUUAACGGCUCUUUUUGAUUAUAUUAUCCAGUAAUAAGAGGCCGUCUUUUUCUGAAGAGAUUAUUUUCUAGUUGCUUGGUAGUUUGGUGAAAAGAUUAAAAAAAAAAAAAAAUGCUGCGAAGAGUUUUGUGCAGUGUUGGAGUGCUGAUAGCUUUUACAGUUUCUUCUAGUUCAUCAGGAUCGUCCGAGUUCUUUUUGGAUUGCCCUGAAAAGUAUAAUGGAUAUUGUCAUCAGGGGACCUGUAGAUUUAUAAUAAGUGAAGAUGUGGCAUCUUGCAUCUGUAAUGAAGGUUACACCGGUCAUCGCUGCCAACAUUCUGAUCUCCUGUCAAUCUUUUCAAACAAUCCUGAUUCAAUGGUGGGUGUGAUAGCUGCUGUGAUCCUUGUAGCAGUCCUGGCUGUGCUGUUGACCACAUGCAUUUGUCUGUAUUCAUGUAAAAGAAGAAUUAACUGUAGGCUGUCCUUGCAAGAAGAACCUGAUACACCUUAUGAGCAUCUGGAAGUAUAACUGGACCAUGGACGCUGAAGAUAAUGUGUAAUUCCUUUUUAAUGUUUUUACUUGUCAUUUUUAAAUGUUUCUUCUGGGCCUAAAUAAAACUACAAACUUCCUUGAAUCAUGGAACCACUAUGUAUGCUGAUUGGAUUUUGUAACUAUUGUAAUGAAUCCAACACUAAACCCCUUUUGUAGAAGCCGUAAAUUAUUGGCAAAGUGGUUUGACUGAAGAGAAGCUAUUGUAAAUAUUUCUAAUCUGGUUAAUGUAACUUGUUCUGUAGCCCAUUUUUAUGUUUACUUUUUAAA